GCCGCACCACCUCCGGGCCGUUUCUCGAGUCGCCUCGGAGGAAGCUGUCGCUCGUCCUGUGACGCUGAAACAACCACGCGUGUAAGGAGCAGGAGACGGAAAAGCUGAAGGAGACAGUGUGUGGCCCCGUGUUUCGGGAACUGGACGGAGUAAGUCACGAGUCGACUGCAGGGUCCUUCCGGUUGGAAAUGGAAACAGAAAAUGGGAAUCAAGAAAAGGCAAUGGAAGAGGAAAGCACUGAAAAGAAAAAAGAAGUAGAGAAAAAGAAACGGUCUCGGGUUAAACAAGUGCUUGCAGAUAUUGCAAAACAAGUGGACUUCUGGUUUGGAGAUGCAAACCUCCACAAGGACAGAUUUCUUCGGGAACAAAUAGAAAAAUCUAGAGAUGGAUAUGUUGAUAUAUCACUUCUCGUGUCUUUUAAUAAGAUGAAGAAAUUAACUACUGAUGGGAAAUUAAUAGCCAGGGCACUGAAAAGUUCAGCUGUUGUAGAGCUGGAUUUAGAAGGCACCAGAAUCAGGAGGAAAAAGCCGCUAGGUGAAAGACCAAAAGAUGAGGAUGAGCGGACAGUGUAUGUGGAAUUACUUCCCAAAAAUGUCAAUCACAGCUGGAUUGAAAGAGUUUUUGGGAAAUGUGGCAAUGUCGUUUAUGUAAGUAUACCACACUAUAAGUCAACAGGAGAUCCAAAGGGAUUUGCCUUUGUGGAGUUUGAAACAAAGGAACAAGCAGCAAAAGCUAUUGAGUUUCUUAACAACCCACCCGAAGAAGCACCUAGAAAACCUGGUAUAUUUCCUAAGACAGUGAAAAAUAAGCCUAUUCCUGCCCUCAGGGUGGCAGAAGAAAAGAAAAAGAAGAAGAAGAAGAAAGGCCGGGUGAAGAAGGAGGACAACGUCCAGACCAAAGAGCCGGCUGUGGACACGAGCACGGAGAACGUCUGUAAGAUGAAAAGAACAAGGACCGCGUCAGAGGGCUCCGAGGUAGAGAUGACUGAACCGCAGAAGCCGCCCUCCAAGAAAAAGAAAAAACGGGAAAAAGCCGAAGCAUCUGGCUUACCUCCAGUCAAAGCAGGGAAGAGGAAGAGAAGUACUUGUGAAGACACAGAAGGCCUAGUUCCCAGAGCAAAAGUAAAGAAAAUGGCUCAGAAAGACAGCAUUAAACAAGAAACGUCAGAAGUGUGUAAAGAAAACAAAGAUUUAGAAGUGUCUACUGAAGAGGAAAAAGAAACUGGAGAUAAUAAAGAUGGAUCCCUCUUAAAAACGAAAAGGAAGCAUAAGAAAAAACACAAAGAGAGACAUAAAAUGGGAGAAGAGGUCAUACCUCUGAGGGUGAUAUCCAAGACUGAAUGGAUGGACUUGAAAAAAGAGUAUUUAGCACUGCAAAAAGCCAGCAUGGCUUCUUUAAAAAAAACAAUAUCCCAAAUAAAAUUGGCAUCAGAAACGGAAACAGACCGUGGAGUACCUACUGAGUCUGAAAUGAAACAUGAACAAACAAAUAAAGAGGAGCUCCCCCCCCAGAAGAUGAGUGCUGCUGGACCACAGUUUGUGAGUGGGGUGAUUGUGAAGAUCAUUAGCACUGAGCCUCUGCCUGGCAGGAAGCUUGUCAAGGAUACAUUGGCUGCCAUCUCAGAAGUUGUUUAUGUCGACUUGUUAGAAGGAGAUACAGAAUGCCAUGUUAGAUUUAAAACUUCUGAAGAUGCUCAAGCGAUAAUAAAUGCCUGCACGGAAAUUAAAAAGAAACACUGCUGGGAAUUACAGAUCCUCUCUGGUGAUCAUGAACAGAGGUAUUGGCAGAAGAUUUUGGUAGAUAGGCAGGCCAAGCUUAAUCAGCCGCGGGAAAAGAAGAGAGGCACUGAAAAGUUAAUCAUGAAAGCUGAAAGGAUUAGACUUAUGAAGACUCAGCAAGCAAGUCAACACAUUCGAUUUUCAGAGUAUGAAUGAAAGAGUGGUUUUCCUCUUCCCAGCUCUCUGGCAGCUCUUAGGAAAUCAUUUUUGUUAUGGUAGUAAUGCAAAAUGAAUGUUUGCCUAAAAGCGACAAUUAAAAGAAAUUCCUUCCUUCAUUUGUAA